CAUAACCUCUAACGCUUUUUUGCCGCGUAUUUCCGCGAUACCCCGGCUUUCUCGCGCGAGGCGGUGCAGGGGCCGUUUCUUUGCUCGUAAACAUGACUACCGUUGAAGUCUAUCUGCUCGUAUUCUUAAAUAGCCUCUCAUCCGCUUUAUAAUAGCCACUGUACCUGACAGUAAUCAAUCAUUACCUUUUCAAGUGCAGCACUUAGAUACCAUUGCAUCUCACCACCAAAACCAGUGGCAUCAAACGUCACUGUGAAAUUAGAAAAAGAAUCAAGAUGCAUUUCCAAACGGCUACUCUUCUCACUCUCGUCGCUGCUGCUCUAGCUUCUGACGCACAGCAGCCUCAACGCCGUCAAGGUGGUAUUCUGUCCGAUGUUCAAGGCCUAACCUCCGUCGGCAACGGAAUUACUUCACUCGGCGGGUCGAUCGCCUCCGAUGCUACAUCUCUCGGCGAGAGCAUCGCCACAGACGCCACGUCUCUCGGCCGGUCUAUUGCAACCGACGCAACCUCUGCCGGCGGGGACGCUACCUCUGUGGGAGGAUCCAUUGCCACGGACGCCACGUCGCUGGGCCGAUCCAUUGCAUCUGCGGCGCCGUCCGUCGGCAGUUCGAUUGCAAGUGAGGCGUCGGCGCUCGGCAACAGCGUGAGCUCCAAGUUUGCCAGCAUUUCCUCGAGCGCUGCGGCCGCGGCCAAGACGGCGGGCUCGACAAACUAUGCGGCCAUUACCAGCGCCGAGAGAUCAGUCGUCUCUGAUGCUUCGACCAAAGCGACUUCGUUGGAGGCAGCAGCGACCUCUGAGGCUGGCAGCGCGUCAAGUGCGGCGUCCAGUGCGGCUGCAUCGGGCUCGAGUGCGGCGUCUUCGGCCGCGUCUUCGGCUUCAAAGGCCUCGGCUCACUCCACCACCUCGAGCCAUACCUCUUCAAUGACCACGUCGACCUCGACUGGACUGGCGGCGAGACCGACCGGUGCCGUUGCAGCAGGUCUUGCGGGUGCCUUGGGCGUGCUUGGUUUCGCGGUUGCCCUGUAGAAGGCCUCGAUGGAAAGACGAUGGAGUUUGCUCAUGGGAAGGAAGAGUAAUCAUCAUUCAUGCGUAACGCUCAUUGUUGCUUGAAUCUGUUAGAAUUUCAUUUCUCUCUCUCUCUCUCUCUCUCUCUCUCUCUCUCUCUCU